AUGAAUUUGUCCAAGAUGAUCACCCCUAUAUCUAUCACACUAUCUCAGCCUACACCUACUAUGGCACUGUCCAUUCUUACUAUGCCUAUCCCAGGAAGCAAGGCAGCACCGAAGAAGUUUAAAGGAGACUUUACAGAAGUCAAGAAGUUUAUCAAGCAUUACAAAAAGUUAUGUGACUAUAAUCAAGUUACCUCUAACAAGGACAGAUGUGAAACUGUUACUCAGUACACUUCACAUCAUGUCACUGAGUUCAUUGAAGGAUUGGACUCCUAUGAGAAUUCAGAUUGGGAUGCUCUCAAGGCAGACAUCCUAAAGUAUUAUGAUGCUGAUUUGGACACAAAGCAUUAUAAAAGAAAAGAUUUACUCUCCUAUGUUAAAGCUAUGAGAGGACAAUGUAUUCCUACUCUAGCAGCAUGGAAGAAAUAUGUAUGA